UCCGCGGGCUUGCAAAGAGAAAGGGAGCGACAAGAGGGAAGUUUCGCAUGGGGCACACGGUCACUCUAGCUUGCUGUGCACUCAACCAGUGGGCGCUAGACUUCCAUGGAAACCUUCAGAGGAUCCUAGAGAGUGUGAGGCUGGCAAAGGAGAAGGGAGCGGCGUACCGGCUUGGUCCUGAGCUAGAGGUGUGUGGGUAUGGCUGUGGAGACCAUUUCUUGGAGGGAGACACGCAACUGCUCAGUAUGCAGUCUUUAGCCACUCUCCUGGAGGACCCUCUUACCAGGAACAUCAUCUGUGACAUUGGGAUGCCAGUAAUGCACAAGAAUGUGCUGUAUAAUUGUCGCGUCAUUUUCCUGAACCAAACAAUACUGCUCAUUCGACCAAAGAUGUAUCUAGCAAUGGAUGGUAACUAUAGAGAGAUGAGGUGGUUUACUCCCUGGACGAAGCUGAGGCACACAGAACAGUUUUAUCUCCCUCCUCUCAUUGCUGAUAUCACUGGACAGGUAUGUUUUAAUGUGCUUCCCAUUGUCUCUUAGAACUUAUCUGCAUGCUUUGUUUUGUUUCUUGAAUUUAGUCUUUUCAUAUUACCAUUGUACUGUUUUAUCAUGUGUUCAUUGCACAAUGUGCUGACAUUCCAGGCACGACAUCAUAAUAUUAUCGCCUCUCUCUAUACUGCAAUUUACAUCCUCUCACUGACUCUAUCUGUUGCACUGCAGGUGAAGGUGCCAUUUGGAGAUGCAGUCAUAUCAACUGGAGACACAGUCUUUGGCUGUGAGACUUGUGAAGAGCUGUUCACUGGAAACAGUCCACACAUAGCGAUGGGUCUGGACGGAGUGGAAAUAUUCACAAAUGGCAGUGGCUCCCAUCAUGAACUGAGGAAACUCCACAGGAGAGUUGACCUUAUACGAUCAGCCACCAGCAAGGUGGGCGGAGUCUACAUGUACUCCAAUCUGAUUGGCUGCGACGGGGAGAGAGUGUUUUACGACGGAUCUUGCCUCAUCGCUGUCAACGGUGACAUCGUCGCUCAGGGCUCACAGUUCACACUCAGGGAAGUAGAAGUUACCACGGCAACGGUUGACCUCGACGACGUGAGGUCAUUCCGAGGGAGUUGUCUGAGUCGUGGAAUGCAGACUGCGCUGGCAGCUCCGUACCCUCAAGUAUCGACUGGUGUGUCGGUCUCUCGUCCUUCCUCUCUCUCCCUCCCCAUCUCCCAGCCACUCUCCGUCCAAUACCUAAUGCCUGAAGAGGAAAUCAGUUUAGGUCCUGCGUGUUGGUUAUGGGAUUACCUCAGACGUAGUGGUCUCCGUGGUUUCUUCCUGCCCCUCAGUGGAGGGCUGGACAGCGCCAGUGUCGCCUGCCUGGUCGGUUCCAUGUGUACACUUGUGGUUGAUGCCAUUGCCGAGGGGUGUGGCCACGUUGCUAACGACUUACGGCAGUUGCUAGGCAGAAAAGAAAAGGAGGGACUUCCCAAAUCAGCCAAAGAUCUGGCAAAGUGAUUGUUGAUUAUGUAUCCAGUGGUGUAAUAAUGACAUCAUACUCUCCCAGACUAAUAUUCACCACAUGUUACAUGAAGACUGUCAACUCAUCGUCAGAGACUGAAACCAGAGCUGCUCGUCUCGCUGCAGAGAUUGGCUCCUCCCACAUUUCCGUUUCCAUUGAUAACAUGGUCAGUGCUGCAGUGGCGACUGUCUCCACACAGUUAAAAGCCAACCCAAAGUUCAAAGUCCAUGGAGGGACAUCAAUGGAAGACAUGGCCUUGCAGAACGUACAGGCCAGAAACAGGAUGGUCCUCGCCUACCUCUUCGCACAGCUGUUGCCAUGGUCACAGGGUCACCGUGGCAAUCUGUUGGUGUUGUCGUCGGCCAAUGUGGACGAGAGUCUGAGGGGUUACCUGACGAAAUACGACUGCUCCUCUGCUGACCUCAACCCGAUUGGAGGAAUCAGCAAAACUGAUCUUCGGUCCUUCUGCAAGUUUAUGGCUCCUCGUUAUCCGGAGCUGAAAAGUAUAUUGGCAGCCAAACCCACUGCAGAACUGGAGCCUAUUACCUCUUCUCACGUCCAGAACGAUGAGGAUGAUAUGGGAAUGACGUAUGCGGAACUGUCUGUGUUUGGCCGACUGAGGAAGGUCUACCACUGUGGACCUUACUCCAUGUUCCUCAAACUUGUCCACCUGUGGGGAGACAAGCUUACUCCAGCAGAGGUGGCAGUAAAAGUGAAGCAUUUCUUCCGUUGCUAUGGUAUCAACCGUCACAAGACAACGGUCCUUCCUCCGUGCUACCACGCUGAGGCUUACUCUCCUGACGAUAACAGGUUUGACCUCCGACCCUUCCUCUACAACACAACCUGGCAGUGCCAGUUUGAGAUGAUUGACAGAGAGCUUGUUGUCAUGGAGACUGGUUUGAACUCUGAAGCCUCCUCAUCUGUUGCUGGUGGUGAGCAACGAGUUGUGGAGACUCCGCCCACAGCGACAGGAGAAGACACAGCGGCAGUAGAGGAAGUGGAGGAUGUGGAUGCAAUGGAGAAUGAUGUCUUAGUUGUUGUGGAGGAGGGUUCUGGGUUUAGGGAAGAGGAUGCGAAAGAGGGAGAGGUGGGAGAGGAAGAGGAGGAAGAGGGGUACAAAGGGUGGAAAAGGACAACUGGCGGAAGCGGCGAAUCAGAUCAGUUUGUGACGGCUACUCAGAACCAGCGUCUGUACCCGAAACUGCCGUUUGAAGAUCACAAUGAAGGGAUUGAAGGAAAGGAAGGAGAUGAAGAGGAAGGUGACGAUCUUGUUGUCAUAGACGAGACAGUGGAGAAUGGCAGAGGGAGGGGGAGAGGGAAGAGGAGGAAGAGGACGUGGAAGAAAGGGAAGAAUAAACAACAGCAGAAAGAAACAAACGCUGCUGGCAACAGUGGAAGUGGAGGUGGUGAAGGAGGAAAUAAUGGAGGGAGGGGAGGGAAGGGAGGGGUUUGGGGGAGAGGAGGAGGUAAAGGAAAAGGAAAGAAACGACUGAACACUGGUCAAAGACAGCAGCCAAAAGGAACACCUCAUCCAAUGGGGACGAGAGGGGGCUGGAGGGGGUCUGGCAACAGGAGAAAUUCCUGGACCCCCAGAGGGGGUCACGAUGGGAGGCAGUGGGAGAGGCCACACCCACAGUCUCUGAGCAGUCUGCUUCAGACCCCAUCCAAUCUGAUGACUGUUUAUGACAGGCCGAGUCCCUUCUCCAGACUGGGGCCGGACCAGUUCUCCACCCCUCAACACACACCUUCCCAUCCACACCCCCCUUCCUCAUACUCACAUCUUCCCUCCAAUUCCUAUUCACAUCUUCCCUCCUCUUCAUACUCCCACCUUGCCUCGUCCUCCCUCCCCCGUGACAACUACUCCUCUUACCACCAGUCACCACUGUCUCUGAGUGCCAGAGACAGAGACAUGGUUGCUAGGCAACAGGCUCCACCCCUCCCCUCUUCAUCUCCUUCCUCAUGGUUUAGUCGCUUGCUACACAGGAGGUAGAUUGGUCUGGGGAUCAGACCAGAAUGGCUUGCAAACUUGAAUAGUU